AUGGUUGACGCCCCUUUCUCCUGGCUAUUCGCAGUGGCCUGCGUACUCCUGAUAGCAAAUGUGCUGUACUACUCGGUGCGUGAGAAUAAUUCUAUCACCAACAUCCAGAAUGUAAUCCGCGACUUCCGUGACCAUCGGUACUACCGUCCCUGGGCGCCGAAGCCGAUUAUGAUCCCAGCAACGAAGAAAAUAAUGACCGAGCUGAGCGAGACAUCAGUUUUAUCUCAGCGAGCGGUCUAUUCAGACCUGUUCGGAUUCAAACAUACCUUGAACGGUGCAGACCACAACGAGGUCAAUACGAGAAAGUCGCGUCUUCUUAGCCGGGUUCUGCAGGUGCGAGGUCCGACCCAGUUCGAGCAACUAUACCCGUAUCUUCUUCACCAUUUGAACACCAUUGUGGAUGCGGAGGUCUCUUCUAGAGGCACUACGUCUAUCCGUCUAGCUCUGCUUAGCGAAACGAUCCUCUCACGUCUCAUGGGCGCGUGGUUUUUCGGGGGAAAUAUGACGUCUGACCCGCGUCUUCGUGACGCCCUCUUAAACCAUCCACGCCAGAUCAAGGCAUGUUCGGCUGCAUUUCAGCUAACUCCAAGAUUUAUUGCACCCCUCGUCCACGCAAUGAUCACCUGGCGUGGAUCGGCAAUGCACCUGAUCCAAGACAGGCUGAUUGACGUGAUAACUGCUGGAAUUGACAACUUAGAUGAAAAACCAGAGAUCAAGAAGCAUGGACCCACCCCGACUAAUGGACGUGGUUCACAGUUAACACUCCUUUACCACAUGGUUGACUUAUCGAGGGCAGACCGCAGCUACUGGACACCAGAGAGACUUUCCCAAUCACUUCUGGGCCUCUGGCUAGCAGCCUCGCACCAGCCAUGGGUAAACCUACACGCAAUUCUGGUUGAGCUAUGCCUGCGGCCCGAGUGGCAGGAUGCGCUCCGAGAUGAGGCCCUGCAGAGCCAAGAUGACCUCGCAAGCAAGAUAAACGAGCUACCGCUUCUGGAUAGUUUCAUGCGGGAAACUGCACGGGUAAACUCCUUGGAUAAAAUCGCGAUCCGCCGCAAAGCCCUGACCGAUUAUUCAUUCUCGUCUGCACCUCUCUCUAUUCCGGCCGGAUCAAUCCUUUGCGUAUCCUCGCACGAUGCCACACGCAAUGAGCACAUCUACCCGGACCCCGAGCAAUUUGACGGCAAGCGAUUCCUUAACGGGCGAUGCAAGGAUACAUCGUACAAAUUUGCCGACGUCUCUGAGAAUCAUUUGAUCUGGGGCUAUGGAUCUCUCGCUUGCCCAGGAAGACACCAUGCCUCUUUUAUCAUCAAGAUCAUCGUUGUGCAUAUUGUGACCAACUAUACCUUACGAUUGGCGGACCCUAAGGCACAGAGAUGGUGGACCUGGGAGGAUUUCCGCAUGCCCUUUGCGUCGACGCGAGUCCUAUUCAGCAAGAGGGCAGACGAUGGACUGGAUGGGCAAAUUGUUCUCGACCGCGCUUGA